CUUCAGCACCUGAGCCUCCAACAUUCAAAAGAGAAGCACCCAAAGAGAAAGACUUUGAAAGCCCAGGGCUCAGAGGAGUGCGCACAACAACCUUAUUUCGUGCUGUGAAUCCAGAGCUCUUCAUUAAACCUGGAUUAAUGGAUUAAGGGAUUAAUGGAUUCUCAUGGGAAGAGAACUGGCAGCUUUAUGAGACGAGGAAGAGAGGCCUGAGCUAGCAUGCGAGCUUAGCCCCUGGCCAUGUCUUACCCUGUACCACCCCAGCGAGUUCCCACCAUCAAGAAGAUUCUUACCUGAUGCAGCUCCUCCACCUUGGACUUCUCAGCCUCCACAAACUGUAAGAAAUAAUUUCCUUUAUAAGCUAUCCAGUUUCAAGUAUUCUAUUAUAAGCAACAGAAAACAGAGUAAGACAGCAGCAAUAGGAAACUAAUAUAGAAAGUAGCAGGAAAAUGAAUGGCUAUAUCAUGUUCCCUUUUGUCAUUAUUUGAAGUUGCUUUUAUGAGCAAAGCUUGUCUUACCUAGCAACAGUUGCUAAGAAAGUUAACAAUUUAAUGCUAGAGUCUGGGAAGGAGCAACUGCUUAAAUCUUCCCAAAUCUGGUGCCUACACCUUCUAUGGCAGGGGCUUUUGGUACCAUUCUUUAAUGUUAGGCACAUAACCACUGCCUAAUCAUGUGAAUCAUUUCAUCCUUACCAGCCUCUAGCAUUAUCCUAAAACUCAGCCUCUUCCAGCUUUCUUAAACUUUCAGCUUUUCUUGAAACGUCUUUUUCUGAUUCUAAGAUUAUUUUAACUGUAAAUAGCAGAAGACACACGAUAUUUAACUAUGAUCAGAAAUUCAGAUUACACAAACUUUGUUUGCUGUGCUGUUUGUAAUAAAAUAAUUCCACCAGCCCCUUUUGGAAAAACCUUCACACGGAUCCAUGAAUACAAGCCACUUAAGACACACUUUUACACUCACAAAGACAUACUAGAUACUGGGGCAAAUAUUCUGGAAAAAGAAGAACAGUUUCAAGAAGAUAUACUCAGAGAAUGCAUUGCAAAAGCAGAAGCUGAAGUAUGGGCUCAGGCUAAUGAACUUCAAAAACAAGCAGUGGAGAAAGCACUUGAAGAAGCAAAUGAAAGACACAAAAUUGAAAUUCAGAUUUUGAAAGAGGAACAUCAAAAAGAUAUACAGGAAAUAACAGCUAAAACGAAGAUAGAGAUGUAUCAAAACAUGGAUGACGAAAUGAAGAGAGAACACUUGGCUGUGGAACAGCGCAUGGUCCACAGAAUCCAAAGGAUUAUGAUGGAAUGCCACAGAGAGAAGGUCGAAGCUGUGGAGAAAGCCAGGGCUGAAGAAAGACUCAUUGCCCAGGAAGCAAUCCAGGCCCAGAAAAGCAAAGUUGUGGAGGAAAUUGUGAAUACUGGUAUCACAGUUAUUAAGGAUGAGAAGACCAGUGUGGCCCAACUGAUGAGGGAAAAAGAACAUGAAAUGAACAUCUUCUAUGGCAUGGCUCAGAGGCAGAGGCAAGAAGAGGAGGUACAGGAGUUGCUUCAAGAAGCAGAGAAAACACAUCAGGCCACUCUUGACAAUGUGAUGGGUAAACUGGCUGACACCCAGGAGGAGCUGCUGUUCCUAGCAAAACAGCUGGGACUCAUGACAAAUUGGAAAGAUUUCCUAGAGGAGGAAUUACAGGAAACCAGGAUGGCAUUUCAAAAAUACAUCAAUUAUACCUUUCCUAAGCUUUCACCAGGACAUGCAGAUUUUAUUCUGCCAGAAAGAAAGAAAACACCUUCUAAUCUUGUUAUUAAGGAGGAUGAAACAACUCUCAAUUAGAAGUCUUGAAUUGAAAUUUCACUACAGAAGACAUCAUUCCAGACUAAAUAAAUUUACUGAGAAACCAUUCACUGAUUCCCCAGCCUUGUGCAGGGUACUGUUGGGCUGUAAGAAUUUUCAUGGAAAACCAAAAUAUUAAAAAGCACAGUCCAGGUUAUAGUGAGCCAAGUCUGAAAAGAAAAAACAGGGAGAGGGAGCAAACUGAUUAAGACAGGAAAGAUUUCUUGGAUGAAGCCUAAACACACUUCUGUAUCUGUCUUUAUUCAUUUCUACAUCAGACAUAUAAUUAAUUAUUUCACUAUGUUUUGCCAUAGAAAACAAGUAAAGGGAUGUGUUCUCAGGUUGUUCCUGUUCUGGGCAGGUGUGCUAAGUUCCAGUAAAGAGAUUAUCAUUUAA